AUGAGAGACGAGAACGCACAAACUCUGGAUGGGUUCCUCUCGAAAUUGACCGAAGACGAUUUUGAGUAUUAUCAUGACCAUGGACCGGGCGAUGAUGGGAAUACGCAAAACGGUGUCACAACUCCACCCUGCAUCUUUAGGGAUGAGGCAGGCGAGCUCAUCUAUCGUCUCCCAACUUCACCACCGAUGGUAAUUACGUUGCGAGAGUUGGAGUUGACCGUCGCCCCCGGGCGCGACUAUUUCUAAAAAGGAGCGACUGGCGAGUAUCUGCUGGACAACGCCGAAGCGGUCGAAUAUCUAAUGGUGAACCUGGAGAGAGAUGUUAGGCCCUUGGAAUACGAGGUGGUUUACCAGAUUGCGCGUCAAAGACAAGUCAAGGUACUUUGAUCUUCAGAGCCCAUUAUCAACACUCCUAUAACCCAACAAUAGAGCAGAAUUAUUCUAACAACAUCAAUGUUCAGGAGCAACAAAAGAGAGACAAGUUAAUGAAGUUAUCCGCAAAACCACAUGAAGCAGGAUGCCGUUGUUUCCAAUGCCCCCCUUCUCAGCAUGUGCCAGAGUUCUUGGAUAAAGCUAUUACGGGUACUUUGAGCAUGAAAUUGAGUCCUGGUUAAUGAGUCUUACGCCGGAAAUAGAUAUUCGUUGCCGAAUCUAUGAUUACUGCUUUAUCCUUGACGAUUCCGAUCCACACCACACCAAACACCGAGAAUACAAGAGUCUCUCUAAAUCACGAUUCAAUUGUAUUGGGUUCCUUCUUUCCUGCAAGACCAUUUAUAUGGAGGCUUCUCAAGUCAUUUACAAACGAAAUAAUUUCAUCUUCUGGCCUACUACCAUAUUCAAUGUACCGAAUUCAGUCAGAAACAUAUUCCCAGCUCUCCCAUUAGAGACACAUCUCGAUAGUACGGGAAGUUGCGCGCAGGCUGCAACUGAAGUUGUAUUCUGUCAGAAUAAUGAUGGGCCGUGUACGCAGCAUCAACACGCCAUGUUCGAGGUCGAAAGCCCAACUUUGAGUUUUCUUAAGAUGAUUGGUCCAGAGCUGUCAUCCCUGAUCACCAAUAUCACCCUCAUGGUUCAUUUCCCAAUAUUCAGCUGUGGAAACGGUGAUUAUGAAGGAAUCUACAGUCUCCAAGGUAAGAUUUUGGGAUUUUAA